AUGAUGAUGGUGGACGAUUCCGGGAUGUCCAGAGAGUUUCUGGGCCUUUCGCUGAACCAACACGGCCUAUCAGACCUGGACGAUGAGCCUCCGCCGCCCAAGAUCACGAGUGAAGCCGUCAUCACCACAGAUAUUACCAAGAAGUUCCUUACAGCUUGUAACACACUCGAGCCGGGUGAGCUGGUCAAGGAUGGCUUCUUCACAUUGUUCGAGUCCGUCGGGGCCCUCGAGAUCAUGGACCCCAAGAUGGACAGCGGAUGCCUCGCAGCAGGCGAGUCUUUGGACGACGACUACGAUGUGACACGUCCAUUGCUGCCAAAGGAGGUGCUGGGUAUCAUCGAUCAAUUGCUCUGCCAUGAGGUGGCCUGGCAUUUGGGGUACCCCUUAUCCCAAACCCUAUUUACCAGUGUUUAUCUAGAGGCCAUCAUGAUGCCGCAGCCUCUUGUGAUUCAGGAGGCUCAUUUUACCCGGAACGCAGAGGACUUCGUCCACAAAGACCCGAUGCUUUCAGUCCUGAGGGCGUACUGCCUGGGUCUGCUCAAAGCAUGUUGGUACGUAAAUGAGCGCAUCAAGUUUGAGCAUUACUACGAGGAGGAGGACUUUGUCACAAACACUUACCACCGUUCCCUUCUCGAUAAUAUCGACAGGGAGGAGAUCAGGGAUGUGUUACAAGAAGCCCGUCGCCUCCUCCGCAGCCACCAGCAUGACAUAGGACAGGAAAUUGUCGAGGCAUUGGACUUCCGCCUCGAGCUCAGAUAUGCAUUCCUGCGUGCUAUAGAGCUGUCUGAGCUGAGGAGCCAUCCGGAGUCCUUGAAGACGCCAUGGAUCCAAAUGAGAUCCAUUUUGGAACCCAUCAACAAAUCUCACCAUCUUGGCACACCUGUCGCCGAAUGUUUCAGCGCAAAGCUUCAGCGGAGGCUAGCCAGCACGAUGCCGCCACGGCCGAUUGUCCAGCUCAGCUUUGAGGAUACAUACUUGCAUCUCAAGCGCCUGUUUGUGGAUGGCAUUGAGGUCACUGAUGUCCUCAAGUACUCCGAUUCACAGAGCCUGCUGAAUUUCGCCUUGUCUUUUCAGGCCAAGAAACCACAGCCUCUGGUUUAUAUCCGCACGCUCUUGCAAAACUACCUUUUCAAGGACAUGGUCCUCCUAGGCUGCCUCAGCAUCCGCCAGGUCUUUGACGACGACCUGUCCAUAGUCGUUCUCCCAUGCAGCAGGCUCCUCGAUCCUGCCAAUGAUAAGGUCGAAAGCCCUAACGACGCUCGAUUCGCAAUCGCGCACCAGAUGGAGAUCUUCCGACAGCGCGCGGCACAGUCUUACCUGGACGUGUUCCGCGCAUUUUGCCAAAACCGCUGCCGCGUGCGGCGCACCUUGUGCCACGCCAUCCAGGACUGGGAGGCGGUGCAGGCCGACGCCGAGGAGCUGGACCAGCUGCUCCAGCUGGCGCUGGACGAGAAGCCGAUGCUGUACCAGCCGUUCGGGUCGGGCGCGGCCAGCCCGACCUUCUCGCUGCCGCUGUCGAGCUGGGCGUACCUGUACAAGCUGCGGCUGAUGGAGUGGAUCGUGCAGCUCGGCUUCGAGCUCGAGGUCUACCAGCCGGACGAGCUGGGCGGCAUGUACUGGUACCUCAGCUACCUCGCGCGGACGCGGGCCGCGCACGUGGAGCGAAUCAAGGCCUUCGCGGUGCGCACGCUCAACGACCUGCGGGCGCGGCCGUCGUCCUUCACGGCCAGCCAGGAGGCGCAGGUGACACGGUCGCUGUCGUACCUACGCGCGACGAUCCUCGACGCCGCCGUGACGUGGGAGCUGGCCGACGCGCUGGCCUCGGUGUACGCGUUGGUCUACGACCGACUGCACUUAGCCUCACCACCGCCCCGGCCCUACUCGACAGACGCGCUGCGCUACGAGAUCCGCAUGCGCCCCUUCCUGUCGGUCGAACUGCCCGAGCUGCCCACAUUUGCGGACUUCUCCCACUCGGCCCGCCAGCCCGACAAGACUGACCGCGCCCUGCUCGAGCAGGCCGAGGCGGCCGUGGCGGGCGCCAAGAAGGGCUACGAGCUGCUGACCAAGUUCGACGAGAAGGAGGCCUUCGCCGCCGGCGAGGGCACCUACGGCCGCUGGCUCGCCAGCACGAGGAACGGCUUCAAGAGCGUCAUCCAGGCCGGCCUGGCCACGACGGCGCUGAGGAGGAUCAUCGACGCGCGGGAGAAGGGGGAGGACGUCGAGGCGCCGCUCGAAAUCCCGGGGCCGGACAAGGGUUACCACGAGUGGUGGAUUGUUCCCAAGAUCACUGUCAAGAGCGGUGCUGCUGCUGCUGCUGCUAAGGAUUUAUCAACGUGA